CUAUAGUCGCCAUCGUCAUCAUCUGUACGCACGGCGGCGACAGGAGCUCCUGAAUCGGCAGGGUCGGGUAUCCCACCGCUAUUCUCUCUCUAUGCGAGGGAAAAACACAAACAGAGAGUAGAAACAUAUCGGCGAUUUCCCUUCUGGAAACUCCGAUGGAUUAAUCUGGAUUUUUUUCUGCGAAAGUAGAGAAUGGGCUGUGUCCAAUGUAAGGAUAAAGAAGCAGCAAAACUCACUGAUGACCGGGAGACCAGCCUCUCACACAACUCGGGGUACCGCUAUGGAUCUGACCCCACACCUCAGCACUACCCCAGCUUUGGGGUCACCACCAUCCCCAACUACAAUAACUUCCACACCGGCGCCACACAGGGGGUGACUGUGUUCGGAGGAGUCCACACGUCCUCGCAGUCUGGCACGCUUCGGUCUCGGGGCGGGACAGGGGUGACUCUGUUUGUGGCUCUUUACGACUACGAAGCCAGGACUGAGGAUGACCUCAGCUUCAGGAAGGGGGAGAGGUUCCAGAUCCUCAACAGCACCGAGGGAGACUGGUGGGAGGCUCGUUCUCUCACUACAGGUGGAACUGGUUACAUUCCCAGUAAUUAUGUUGCCCCGGUUGACUCGAUCCAAGCUGAGGACUGGUAUUUUGGUAAAUUAGGCAGAAAGGACGCAGAGAGGCAACUGCUCUCCAAUGGCAAUGCCAGAGGCACUUUCCUCAUCCGUGAGAGUGAAACAACCAAAGGGGCCUACUCUCUGUCCAUCCAGGACUGGGAUGACGUCAAGGGAGACCAUGUCAAACACUAUAAAAUUCGCAAGCUGGACAGUGGAGGAUACUAUAUCACCACUAGAGCCCAGUUUGAGACACUCCAGCAGCUAGUACAGCACUAUUCUGCCAGGGCUGCAGGUCUGUGCUGCCGACUGAUCGUGCCGUGCCACAAAGGCAUGCCUCGUCUGACUGACCUGUCUGUCAAAACCAAAGACGUGUGGGAGAUCCCGCGGGAGUCGUUGCAGCUCAUCAAACGUCUCGGCAACGGCCAGUUUGGAGAGGUCUGGAUGGGCACAUGGAAUGGCACCACCAAGGUGGCGGUCAAGACUCUGAAGCCUGGCACCAUGUCACCAGAGUCCUUCCUGGAGGAGGCUCAGAUCAUGAAGAAGCUCCGACACGACAAGCUGGUGCAGCUCUACGCCGUGGUGUCAGAAGAACCCAUCUAUAUCGUCACUGAGUACAUGAGCAAAGGGAGUUUGCUUGAUUUCCUUAAAGAUGGAGAAGGACGAAGCCUCAAGCUGCCAAAUCUUGUGGACAUGGCAGCUCAGGUGGCAGCAGGUAUGGCGUAUAUUGAGAGGAUGAACUACAUCCACAGAGACCUGCGCUCUGCCAACAUCCUGGUUGGAGAAAGUCUGGUGUGUAAGAUUGCUGACUUCGGUCUGGCCAGGCUCAUCGAGGACAAUGAAUACACAGCAAGACAAGGUGCAAAGUUUCCAAUAAAGUGGACUGCUCCUGAGGCCGCUCUCUACGGGAAAUUCACCAUCAAGUCGGACGUGUGGUCGUUCGGCAUCCUGCUGACAGAGCUGGUUACCAAGGGCAGAGUUCCCUACCCAGGCAUGAACAACCGCGAAGUCCUGGAGCAGGUGGAGCGAGGUUACCGGAUGCCGUGCCCGCAGGACUGCCCCACGUCCCUGCACGAGCUGAUGGUGCAGUGCUGGAAGAAAGACCCGGAGGAGAGACCCACCUUCGAGUACCUGCAGGCCUUUUUGGAGGACUACUUCACUGCCACUGAGCCUCAGUACCAGCCGGGGGAUAAUCUCUGAAGCACCGCUGCCUUCAUCUCAUGUCAUUAUCGCUGGCUUUCCACCAGAGGGAGCCAGACUCCACCUUAUUCUCUCUCUCUCUUUCUCUCUCUCAUCCUGUGGCUGUGACGAUCUUUCUAAAAAAAAAAGAAAAGCUCAUCGACUUUGACUUCUUGACUUCCAAGCUUCAUACAAACAGGGACGGUGCAGCUCUGACAGCAUACUGACUAUCAAAUCAAAGGAGUAGGGAGGAGGUGACUGAAGAGUUAAAAAUGACUGCCAUGGAUGAACGAGAUGAGCUGUGUUGUGUAACUUGUACGUAAUGUAAAUAUAAAUUGCUUGUUUACUUAUCUCUUUUUGUUUUUGUUUGUUUCAUUUUAUAUUACUUUUGAUAUUUUGGAAAAUGUGUGGAUUUUUUUUUUUUUUUCUUUUUUUUUAAGGUCAAAAGUUAUUUCAGAUUUACGGCUCGUAGAGGCGGUAACAAAUUGUGACAUAAUAAUUGAUUAGGAAUGGUAAUAGUUAGACAUUGUGGACCCCCCAAAGUGUAUCAGAAAGUUUUUUUUUCUGGAAGUCCACUGACCUUUUUUUACGAGGUUAAUAUAACAAUACUGCUCUCCUCUUCUCAAGGAAACUUAGAUGUACGAUAACACCUGUUCUUGCCUUUUCAUGUUUAGUAAUAUUCUUAUAACGUAAGGGAAUGCCUUCAUGCUUUCUACACACUAACUUAAGCGCAUCAUGGACUCUUCCA